AUGAAGAUCCAGGUCAAGCUGACCGCCACGGCGGCCAUCGAGCGCCUCAAGGCGGACGAUCCCGAGCUGGUCUCGUGCGAUCUUUCAAACAACGCUGUCCUGCAGAUGAAGGCGUCGGAUAUGAUUCCACGGCUGGCCGAUGCGCUGGCGGGCAACUCACAUUGCCGCGAGCUCAACCUGACCGCGUGCAACCUCGACGACGCGUGCUGCGAGAAGCUCGCCGCGGCGCUCGCUGGCAACCACCACCUCGCUUCGCUCGUCCUCGAGGGCAACCGGUGCGGCAACGAGGGCGCCACGCACAUAGCAAGCGCGCUCCGCACAAACCGAGGGCUGAUGAUGCUGAACCUGCUCAACCAAAAGGGGAGCCGAUUCGGCGACUCGACCCUCGCCGCCUUCACUGGCGCCUUCGACUCCAACAUCACCCUUCUCAAGAUCAUCUGGCGGCUCGAGUCGCGGCAGUCGUUCCGGCUCAACAAGCUGCUCGUGCGCAACAACGAGAUCGACCGCCGCAUCGCCUCGGGGCGGGACUACUCCGACCUCCUCCCCGAGGGCGUCGCGCCCCUCGCGCCUGCCCUCGCGGCGCCCCCGCCCCCAAGCUCCGGCGCAGCCAUCGCCAGCGCGGGCGUGUCGGCGGACGGAGACGCUCUCCCGGACUACCUGAGCCGCGAGGCGGUGGCCGCGGGCCUGAGCUCCACGCUGCAGCAGGCGGAGGCACUCGAGGCUUGCACACUCCCGCAGCUACGAUCCGCACCUUCUGUCUCUUUACCGCGUGUCUUCUCCCAACAGGCGGCGGGCUUCGCGGAGAAGGCCGCCGAGGCGGCGGCGGGCGCCUACCACGCGCAGCACGUGGAGCCCGCCGAGGCUGGGGCCGAGGUUGGGGCCGAGGUUGCAUGA